GUGGUCGAUUGCUCGAAUCGGUAACUGCACUUUGCUCGAUCGGCCGCGCGGAUCCUCGUCUCCCGGUUGUUAGUCAAUUGUUCUGUCGCGUGUGUCAGUGGUGUGGGUGCUCUCGUGUGAAUUCGACACACCGUUUCGCGGCCGACCAUGGAACCGCGGAGGUUCCGGAUACCGGAGGCUAGCUGAUGAGUCCGCUGACGCGAUCGGAUGUCCGCGCGGGAGGGUAGGAGGUAUUACGAGCCGCUGGAUGAAAGUGAAAACGAAUCGGACCGGGACACGGGGGGAUGAACGAACGAGGAAUACGCUGCGUGGAGAACGUCCGAUCGUGUAAGACACAGACCCCACAACGUUCGUGUUGAAUGUAAUGUCGUGAUGUGCACGGGGAGCCGUUUGAUGGAGAAAUAUUCGACGCCACGCACGCUGGCCAUAAAACGUUCGAGGAACGAGAGGGUCCGACCCGGCAUGGCGUUCCGAGCCUGAUCCCGAACAGGAAGAAUGUUCAUUGACGUUCAGGCUUUCAGACGAGAUCCUGGCGAAGUGGCGUCUCGCUGGCCGGCGACUGGAUCGCGCACCGAAAGACAAAUGUUCCCCGAAGGGCCACCCUCUUUAGAAUUCCCCGUCCGUGGAGCAAGAAGCUCGUAAAAGACAAAGGGGGUUGGUAGCACAGGGGUGGAGAGAAGGCGCCGCGCAAAGGGAGGCACAGAGAGGAGGCACAGCGAGAGCCAAGAGCAGGAACGAGAAAGGAAAUAAGAAAGAUGGGAGAGAGCUCGCCGGAUCUCAGCCUCCGGCUCCGCCGGGGCAGCUCCGACUCCAGGGAUUCCUUCUACAUGGAUUUCGCCCAGGGCAUCGACUCGGACAUCGAGGAGGUGACGCGUCCGGGAGAGAACUCGGAUCCGAUGAUGGACAACCAUCUGGAGGAGAAUGGGAACGAGCUGCCGCCGAUAGAGGAUAUCACCACGAUCCCGGAGGAGGCAUCGGAGGAGCUGCGCGAGGAGGAGGAAGCCGCGGCGAUGGAAGCCGCGCUGCGAACACCCGAGGGCCCAAUAAUUAACACGGAAGCGGAGAAACCGGCGCAGCAACCCCCGCCGUCGCACCUCUCCACACUCGUCCCGCAAGACUGGCCAGGAUUGCCGGCUGCGCUACCGUCACCGGCUUCACCGUCCGCGGUAAUCGUUUCACCGGAAACGCUGUCUAGACACAGCAGCAGCUCACCCUCCCGCGCUCACCGGCCACCCCAGUUCGCCCUGGCUCUACCAUGCUCCUCGCAGCCCAUUUCCGCGGUCUGCUAUCCAGCACCGACCUUCCUCGACGUCGCCGAAGACCGGAAGUGGAAGAAGCUUGGAUGCGACGCCCUGGCGACGACUUUUAGCGCCCUUUACGGAAAGCUGCUGGUCGUCAUGGGAAUCGCUUUCCCCAUGGCAGAAGUGAUAUCCACCUACAUACCGCCGUCGUUCUACGAAGGUUUCUACCUUUACCUCUACUUCGGCAGCAUGAUCUUCCUCGUCUACAUGUACGCCACGUUGCUCCGCGACGGCAAACCCAAGUCAAACGACGCCCAGAAUGAACACGAUCCACUUGACGUUUCAGGGAGGUCUGCUACGUGUUGUUUUAUGAAGAAACGAAAGGACGUGUGCGACCUGGACUCGUCGCGAUCGUCUAGCGGCGCCGGUGGCGACAGCGAUGUCGCGGACACCGCGUGCCCGCACAUGACCAACGUUAGGCCAGUCCAGCACUACGGAAGCUUUUACCUGAGAAUGGGCGCGGUGGCGUUCGGCAUCGGCUCGAUGAUCUACUCGGGCCUGGAGUUUGGCCAGUACUUUGAGCUCGAGCAGAACACCAAGUGCCACAACAUUAUGCUCGCCCUCACGCCGGCCACUAGGAUGGCGUUCAUCUUCAUACAGAUGUACUUUAUAUUUCUCAACAACGAGCAAAUGAAAGUCUACCGUCAUCGAGUGGUCGCGCGUUUCGGGCUGAUGCACAUGAUCGGAACGAACCUGUCGGUCUGGCUGAACGUUCUUGUACAGGAAACGAAGCACGAGAUACUGACGUUCUACAAUCCGGAGAAUAACUCGUUAAGGAUUUCCCACCGAUUAGGUUCGAAGAGCAGUCUUAAUCUCGGAGGGCAUAAUCACUACCACCACGGCGAACACAUGAGGUAUCCGAGAGGUUUGAAAGGGCCGCAUCACAUGUACGAGUGUCGUCGAACGAACAUAAUGGGAUCGUUAGUCCAGGAUGCCAGCCCGUUCCUGUUCCCUUGCACCAUCGAGUACAGCUUGAUCUGCGCCGCGAUCUUGUACGUAAUGUGGAAGAACAUAUCGAAAGCGGCAUUUUCCCAACCCAAGACUCCCCCCGGAUCCAGACAUCACGCGCACGCUUACAGGAAAUCACCGCAUCACUACAGCGUGGACUGUGCCCGCGCCCACAAAGGCCUGUUCGUGGGCAUUUUGAUCCUGGUGCUAACCAUCAUAUCCCUGAUAUUGUUCUUCGUGCUGAUAUCGCGUCCCGAGUUGGUGAGCUUCGCCGUCACCGAGGUGAACGUCUGCGAGCUAACGCUGUACGGAAUGUCGACGAUGGCCACGCUGAUAGGGAUGUUCCAGAUGCGAAAGCUCCGUUACGACGGCACCCGGAACUUGGAGCUGGACAACAUCCUCCUGGUGGCCGCGCAGACCGGCAUGUUCAUCUACUCGACGUUCACCAUCAUCGGCGCCCAGUUCACCCUUGCCAAGCACACGGUCCUGGUGUUGGUCACCGCGCUGGCGAGCGUCGUGCAGACAACGUUCCAAACGAUCUUCAUACUGGACGCGUCGAGGCGGUCGGUCGCCACUGCGAAGCAGAUUCGAAGGAAACCAGGCCGUGAGAUCGUGACGUUCCUGCUGGUGACGAAUCUGGCGAUGUGGGCGAUCAACACGUUAGAGAAGUCGCGAGCUGAGUCGCAUCCGGUUCAGCUGCACUUCUACGGCCUCUGGGCGUGGACCAUCAUCACCCACGUCUCCAUGCCGCUGGCCAUCUUCUACAGGUUUCACAGCACCGUGUGCCUGUGCGAGGUUUGGAAGAGAGCGUACAAAGUGAAGCCGACCUACAUGUGACGUAAGGGGUCGCCGCACGAGGUCGUGUACGAGACCACCACCACCACCACCACAACCACCAGCACCACCACCAUGGCUCCACAACGACCGAAAACCCUGCCGGCCAGGCUGGACGCCAUCGCGGAGAACGAUCCGAUUUACUUUAUGUAACCUCACGUGCAAGUGUAAGGAGGGAACUGCGUGGCCCGCAGGCAUCGACGACGUCCCUUCGCCUCUUCCUCGUCGCAUCCUCGUCACAUCCUCGUCCCGCGUUCCUGAAGCUCCUGCUAGAACGUUCGAUCGACGAUUAACCAAGCGCAGAGCACGUGUUUGCCACGAGUAUGCGUUAUUACUUCGUGGUUUUUUUUAGAGUUAAUUCAACGGGGUUGCGCGCGUCAACGACCUCUCGCGACGCGAGUCAGGGAUUGGUCAGCCCGCGUUUGUUUCACGAUCGUCGAGAGAGAAAUUGCGUUAUUUAUUAUCGUUUAGAUGAUUAUAGAAGAAGCUUUUCAUCGAAUGGUCCUCGUACGCUGAAACGAGCCUGAAACUGUAUGUACAUACACGGGGUCAGCGCCAACAAUACGAGAUCCGCGCGAGAUCUCGAGUCGAUUUUCCCGGGGAACAAGCGAGAUAGUAGGAAAGAGGUGUAGACACCUACAUUAACGACGCACAAGUUUUACCAAAAGAUUUUUUAAACGUAGACGAUCAGUCGCUUAGAAUCGUCGAGGCAACGGUUGUUCCUUCGAUCCCCCACAUCCUCUCGGGAGCAAUAUGAUUUCUGUUCGAUACGUAAGCGUUAAGGCGAUUUUCUACUGAUCAAAACGGCGAAUGAGAGAGAGAGAGAGAGAGAGAAAGACAGCUUGUGUAUGUGUGUGUAUGCGUUCGACGAAAGAAUGAAAAGAGAAAGAAAGAGAGAGAGAGAGAGAGAGAGAAGUGUCAUUUUUUCCCUCGAUCGUAAACUGUUUGUAAGACUGAAUUCUAAGCAACCUUAGGAAGAUGGUUAAGGAGAACGAUUCCUACGUUUCCGAUGGCGAAGUGAGUCGACCGAAAUCCGCGUUAAUCCCCUGAUCGAAAUCUGUCCUUCGAUGUUACUCGAAAUACUCUCACGGACAUCCGUCUUCCACGUAGUACAAAGCUGCAACUUAACGUAUUGUCCCUCGUUACCCGUGAAAAGUAGAUAAUUUAAAAAAAGGGGAAUGAAAAGAAGAGGAAGAGGGAAAGAAAAACGAAACUAAAAAGGGAGAAAGAAACCAACACGAUUCGAGAGAAACAGAUAAGAUAACCUAUCGCAAAGUCCUGUCUCAAACACACCUCGAAUAGAUUUUCUAUAUUGUUAUUGUGUAGAUGACCUCGUUGAGAUCAUUUUUGCGUGGACUGCGAAGGAACAGAUAAAGAAACGUCCGACGUCACGACACACAAAGUCCGUAACAAAGUGCACGCAGUCUGUUUCUCGCGACUCCACGCGGCAACGUCUGGCGAUCGAUCGAUCGAUCGUUAGUAUUUCGAACAAAACGGACACCUCCAGUCCAACUCGAAUCACAUCGAAAUUGCGAAACUUCUGAACUGUUCCUCGCUGGGCGUUGCACGUUUUAUUAGUCACGAAUCUAAAUUCGAAAUAUCGGUUGUAGAGAGAAAAUAGAUGAGAAUGAGAGAGAGAGAGAGAGAGCACCGAAUCGAUGCUUCGUGCGUUAUUUCCUCCCGCCAAAAAAAAAAAAAAAAAUCCAAACCAAAGAUAAGUAAGUUUAUAAAAGAGGAGAGAAAAUUCACGAGAUAUCGAUAAACGGUGACAAUAAUGGAAAAGCAUGGUCCUGUAGAUUCCCAUAGAUUUGUCGCGCCAAGGUGAGAUAGAGAAAAAAGAAAGAUAACGUUCGAGGAAGGAACAGAGUACAAUGGCGAAUCAUAUCAUUAAGCCUUAAUCCGUCGAGUGAGCUGUCCAAUCUCCGAGUGAUUAGGAGAAAACGAAAAAAGAAGGAAAAAGAAAAAAAAAAGGAAGAAAAUAAUGAAGAGAUGCGAAGGAUCGCGAUCGAACUUGAAAGAAGAAUAAGCCGAGACCACGAGUUUGUCUCGCACAAAUGUGCUUCGCACAUUUUCUGCUCAACAGAAGAACGGUCCUCCGAGGAGAGACCGGACAGAGAGAAAGAAAGAGAGAGAGAGAGUCAAAUUGAUCCGUCGAGAGUGUGAAUCGAGUCGAAUCGUGUUCAAUCGAUCGGCGUGCGAUACUAUUUGUUCCGCGAGAAUGCGCGUGUGUGCUUGUUUUUUCUGCGUGUUGCGGGUGCGAUGUGUGCGUGUGUCCUUUGGGAACAACUCGGCGAGCAAAGGAUGGUCGAAAGAGCAAGAGAAAGAGAGAGAGAGAGAGAGAGAGAGAGAGAGAGAGAGAGAGAGAGAAAGCGUGAAACAAUUCGGUAGAGACGAUUUUUACUAGUUGAACGCGUGUUUUUCGUGCGAUAGGCGCAUCUGUUUUCUUUUUUUUUCUUCGUCACAUUUUCAGCGACACCCACCGGAAGUCUAAGCUGCAAGUCUAGUUGAUUCUUUUGUAAGGUGUAAAAAAAAAAAAAAAAAAAUUCUGUGACUGUGAGGCGGCGUGUAAAUACGGUGUUUUAAGGAGAACGGGGGAAAAAAAGAAAAGAGGAGAGCAGAGUAAGAGAAACGACGAGCAAAGGAGAGAAAAAAAGGAGAAGAGAAAAAGGAAAAAAAAAGAAAAAUAAAUAAAAACUGGAUCCUCUCGGUGUUUAGAGCUAGUUGUGUCGACAUGUUUCUUCCUAUAUUAUAUAUAAUAUAUACACAUAUAUAUACAAAUAUAAAUAUAUUUAUUAUUGCGUUGUUCUAUUAUAAUAUUUAUUGUAUUAUCAGAUAUACAUAGGAUUUACGCGCGACACGUUACGUUUAUUAAUAGGGGGCUCGUGCCGAGAUUCAUCCUAUAUCGCGUUUCUCACGUUCGUCCGCUUCUUGCUUUCCCGCCGCCUUUCCCUCCCCCUCCGCCCCUCGUUUUCUUUCCCUCUUGAAGAUCGAGAGCGAGCCGUCGAUCCAUCGACCGAACAGCCGCGACGCGACUCCCUCAAACGUCGACACGCAUCGUGCCGACACGAGCGAUCUCGGCACGAGUCUUAACCGAGAAAAUCGAGGCGAAACACGCGAAACGAAUAAACGAAUCGGAGGUAAGUCACGAUGUGCGCAAUUCGAAAUUCGGAGCAAGGGUG